GUUAUACUUGUAUAAACAUGCGUCUUCGGUGCAUACAAUCCAUAUGAUAGUGUAACAUUUGUCCAUAAAGGAUCACAACAACCCAUUGAGCGAGGCAUCGGGGAAUCUUUGUGAAUGAAAAAUAAUCUGAUAAUUUAUCUAAUGAAGUCAUCAUAUCUUUAAAAAACAACAAAAACAAAAACCCACUCUUCACGCAUGUAUAAAGUAGAAAGAAAAAGACUGAGACAGUUUUGUACUGUUAUAGGAAAUCACAUUUUUCAACAAACUAAUGCUUUAAUUUAGAGUUUUGUUUAAAGAACAACCAUGUCUUUAACAACAAAACUGAAGCGCAUAGCUUGAAACAAAAUUAACUGCAAAAAAGGGUUUGGUUUAACCUGAUAGCUUCGGCCAAAUAUAAAUCAACUGAUGUAACGACAUGGAUAGUAUUAUGUACAUCUUCAUGCUAGAGAUACCCAUUUUUGAAAAUAGUAUCGGACAAUUGUAUUUAACAUUUGACUCUUUUUUGAGACAUGAUGAACUGGUUACUAGGAUCUAUUCAUAAGGUACCCGGAAUGACCUCAAUUCAGAAGCUUGAUUAUAUAUUACAUACGGGAAAUAUUUGACCAACCUCUUCUACAUCUUCAAACAUGUCGAACGUCACACAAAAUGGUGAGCAAUUGAACUUCAAGACAUUGGAAGAACUCAACAAUCUAAAAGUGCAUCAACGAAUGCCCACUAUUGUUUUCCUAUUCAUACUUAUCCCUUUUGGUGUCGUUGGAAAUAUCGUCACGAUCCUUGUCUACGGCCUCAAGUAUCGUCCUUCCACCUUCAGAGUUUACAUCCUUACACUAGCUAUCGUAGAUCUUUUGUCUUGCUUUAUUGGCAUACCAGUGGAAUUGGCAGACAACCUACUUCCUCUAGUGUUCUAUGACGAAAUGCUAUGCAAAGUCGGAAAGUUUUCAGGACAAAUUCUUAAAAUAGGUUCGGCGUUAAUUAUCUUUCUGAUGGCGGUUUGCAGAUAUCAGAAAAUUUGUCGGCCAUUCAGCACUAACAUUUCUACAGAACUAGCUCGGAACAUGUGCAUUUUUACAAUGGUUGUGGCCGUUUCGUUUUCAUGGCCGUUUUUAAUCUUGCAAGGCACACAGUACAAACACUACGAUGGAGGUGUUGUUGGGUACGACUGUUCUGUUGACAGUGAUGUUAAACACACCAUCUACCCAUUCGUCUACACUAUCGUUACAUUCGGUCUCUACAUGUUCGUGUUCUUCAGCCUGCUAAUCCUAUAUACCCUGAUCAUUCUAAACAUCCGCCGCCAUAACAAGGUAGAAGAAACAGAACACAAGAUUGACCCCCGGAUCACACAGAUAAUGAUAGCCAUUACUGUAGCUUUCGUCGUCUCCUACCUUCCAGAUUGUAUACUGGAUGCCAACUCCACUUUCAACAAAGGGGAUACGCUUCCAUACACACCUUUGGUAGUGGGGUCUCUACCCUUGCUAGCCAGACUUUAUUUCGUAAAUAACGUUGUCAACCCAAUUAUUUAUUACAUAGGGGACACAAAAUUUCGAAAGAUCAUCAAACAAAAAUGUCUUCGCGUGGUCUACAUAAUCCAUCGAAAUGGAGGCGUUAGCAGUUCAAAUGUCUCAGCAAUGUCCGACACUUAUAGAACUGAAUGCCAUGGUCAUACUGAUAGCAAACACACCAAAGCAGUCUCAAAUGCUCAACCAACUUCACCGGAAAACAGCGACACACAAUUGUAAUAGAACCGAGGACAAAGUUUUAUAUUUUUUCAUCAGAAGUCAGUGUCUUAAGUUUUCUUCAAAUUAUUUUUAGUUCAACUCAUUUAGCAUGUUUUGGUGACAUUUUUGUUUUCGGUUUUUGAUGCAGAUAUUGAGGCGGAUGUGGAUAUAACUACUGUUACUGUACUAAACGUGUUUUAAGGAAUACUAAGUAGUGUUACUGAUACUGUUACUUUCACAAAAGCCAAUUAAUGUAGCUCGCGGGUUUGCUGACGUCACAAUAAGAAUCGACGUAAAGAGUUGACCGCCAUAAUAAACUCAUACAUUCUUCUUUUUUCAAAAUGACAAAUAAGCUAUUAAGAAGCUUAAAAGGAAAUACUUCAAAAAGCCUAAAUGCAGUAUAUUAAUGUUUAUACAAACAAUUAUAAUAUCAAGUGCUGAAAUUAAAAAAAAAAGAUGUCACAUACAUUGUCACAUUUUGUUCUAUAAAGUAAGAAUGUACAUUUGAACUCUUCCAUUUAAAAUCAUGUUUUAAAAUAGACAAGUAAAUUAAUUGAACCGUAUGCAUUAACUUGUUGGGUUUUUUUUUUUAUAUUUUUUUUUUUUACAAUUAUUGCUUCCGUAAUUUUAACUACCGAUCAAAUUUUUAAAAAUUCUUUUGGCCUUAUUAUGUCAGUAUUUGCCUGGCAUUUUUUUUUUGGCAUUGAUUGACUCAGAAUUUCAUAAAAACAAAAAUAGCAAUUUUCUGUAUCUUAACAGCCUUACAUUAAUUGCAUUUGUGCAUUUGAUAACAUUCAUAAUAGUGUCUUAUUAGUAUGUACAAGUUCUAAAAUGUGUUAAUCAGCUAGUUUUGCCAAUGAAUUCAUUUCAAUUUUUGGGUUCUCAGACGUAAGGAAAUGAUGACGUCGGGCUAACGUCAUAAUGAAAAUAUAAGGUUUGGACAAAUCUUUUAAAUCUUUAAAGUUGUUUUGCCAAAAAUUGGCCGAGAACACAUACUGAUUAUUUUUUAUGAAUUGAUUCAAAAUUAUCUCCUCCGUUAUUGUGCUGAGUAUAAUUAAUUUCGUCUGAAUCGUUUAAAAGUUUGAUGUAUAGUUUUGUAAUGCGUUUCUCGACUAAUAUGUGCAUUUUACUAUAUAUUUCAUUGAAAUGGCGUUGAUUAAUUUUAUCAAUGAUACUGUAUUUGAAAAACGAUAACAUUAUUACCGCGCAGACGAAUCUCAAAUAAAUUUUAGAAAUAAAACUCUGAAACCUAUGGAUCACGUGGACAAAUUUUCAAGGUAGGUUUUCUCACAAGCAGGUAAACCCGCGAGCUACCUUAAAUGGUACAUUAAUUGUUAACUUUUAUUUCCUUACCUAUUUUAUUUGCAUAUGAUUAUUAUUGCCCUGACGUACUGUAAAAUUAACGCACCUUUUGCUUAAAAUUAAUGAACUAUCGUUUUUAUAUUUUAUUCAUUAAAAAUGAGUAAUGAU